AUGUCAGGCCAGUCAAAAGCACGGUCCGGCGGUGUUCUUCCUGUGAACGCUGCAACUAGGAAGAACGCAGCGGGUCAGUCCAAUGCGAAGGCGUCAUCAAGAACUCCAGCUCCGAAACUCAGACUAGUCAUCAGGCGACUCCCACCUGGACUUACUGAAACUGAAUUCUGGAGCGUCAUUGGGGACGAAUGGAAAGCAGGUUCAGGAAAGGUAGAUUGGGCAGCUUUCAAAGACGGCAAAGUCUCAAAGGACCCAGCUAAGCCCUCACGACCUGCGAGAGCAUACAUCAAAGUCAAAGAACAGUCAUUGCUCGAACUGUUAUCUACGCAAAUCAAAGGUUUAACUUUUCAAGAUGCCAGAAAUACUACGAAAGACCCCUGUUUGCUUGGACCGCCAUCCCUGGAAUUCGCACCUUUCAACAAAGUUCCCAGCGGCCGCAACAGAAACGAUGCAAGGCAAGGCACAAUCGACCAGGACCAGGAAUUUAUAGACUUCCUGCAGAGCUUGACCGAGCCUAUCACCAAAUCAGGCGCAAAUGGGACCGAACCUAGUGAUUCCAAACAAGACAAAGUAUCAACCACUCCUCUUGUCCAGUAUAUCAAGGAGAAAAAGGCAAACAAGGCAAAAGAAAAGGAAGCCAACCAAGCCAAAGCUGCUGCAAAGGCGCGCGAAAAACAAGAUGUCAAGCCAUCCAAGCCUGAGACUCCUCGGUCAACUGUCAUUAUUAAGGGCAAGGCUGCACCUGCCGAGGAGAAACAGCGGGUUCAGAAGGCUACGGAAGACGCAGUCAAAGCAAUUAACAAAUCCAUGGCUUCCAUACAAAGCAAGCAGCAACAGAACCAGGGGUCCCCGAAAAGCGACGGUAAACAGUCUACCAAAGAGACACCUCCAGCCCCCCCGGCCCCGGCGCAAGCGAGUCCAGCGAAGCGCGAGCGGGAAAGAUCACACGCAAGCGCCGCGGCACGCAUGCUCCAACGUGACCUAGGCCUGCUUCCGAAAGACAACAAGAGUCAACGGGCCCCAAAGGCUGCGACCUCUCCCCCAAACACAGAAGCCGAGUCUGUGACAUCUCCAGCCAAACGAAGCGCCUCGACAUCGGUUCAAAAGCCGGCGCCACCUGCUGAACAAAAACAGACCGCACAAAGAACCUCAACUCCGACUCCAGCAGCGCCCACUGGGCCACGAGCAUCACGUACACCGAGUGCUGCUGCCCCCAAAGCAUCCUCCACGUCAACACCAAGACCCGCAAAGCAAGCCGCUCAACCUUCGGCAAACGCGAAGUCUGCAUUCUUGAAGCAUGCCAAUCCCUCACAGGGCAUCACCGAGGAGCUUCUUCAGGCGGCGUUCAGUGAGUUUGGAUCGAUUGUAAAGUGCGAAAUAGACAAGAAAAAGGGCCUUGGAUACAUUGACUUUAGUGACACAGAUGGGCUGAAAAAGGCAAUGGCCGCAAGUCCGGUCAAGGUCGCCAAUGGACAAGUGGUCGUGCUGGAGAACAAGAGUCCUUAUGCGAAGCGUGGUCAAUCAGCCAAUGACAAAGGCGCUGCAAAUGCAAAUGCUACGAAAGGAGCCCCUACUACAAAUCCAAAUGCGAAUGGCCUAACUCGAGCUGGAACUCCUUCCGCGACUACUCCAUCGAAGCCUGGUGAUUCGUCCAAAUCGAGCUCGGCUGUGGCAAGCACAAGUACAAGCACGGGUAAAAAUGCAUCUCAACCACAGAACCAUCCGACGGCCGCUGAUGCCAGCGUAUCGGAUCAGUCAGCGUCGGGAGCCACACCAAGCACAGCGACGCCUCCUACAGCACCACGAGGUGCGCCACGAGGUGGCACUGGCGGCAAUCGUGGCGGAAGGGGAAACAACUCUGCUAGCUCGGGGAGAGGGAACGCACGUGCUGGUGGUCAAGGCGGAAGACAGGGGAAUAGAUCUGGACGCGGUGGGAAGAAAGGAAGUGCUGCCGGUGCUAAUGCCUCUUCUAGCACGGGCGAGACUGCUCAGGCUUCCCCAGCGGCUACAACUGCUGCACCCGCGCCUGCUCCUACGGGUCCAAAGGGUGAGGCGAAGAAGUGA